GGGAUAAAAUUUGGUAUAAAAUAUAUUACAAAUAUGAUGUGUCAUUAUCUCUUACUUGUUUUAUAUUAUUCAAGAUUUUGCUAUUAGUAAAGCAAUUAUAAUAUUUUAACAAUUACCUCAUUCAUCCUAAAAAGAUCAUCAGAGCAUCUCUUAUAUAAAAAUGGCUCAUCCCAACACAGUGAGAAACCUCGCCAUCAAGUUUCAGCUACAUAUAAACAAAAUGUUGCCAUAAAGAGGUCAUGUCAUAACUGUUUUCUCACUUUCUUUCCAUAUUUGAUAAUCCAAGUUUGUCUUAUGGUGUCAACCGCAUUUCUCUCUUUCUCUUUUAUUUUUUUACAUGGAAAUCAACCCUUAUUACCUAAAUUCUGACGUUAAUUGUUCAUAAUGCAAGGAAACUGAUCUCAUCAAUUAAAUUUAUUACUUUUGUUACGUCUUCCUAAUUCAUGUUUUGAUUGAAAUUGGUACUCUAAGAAGAAAAACUUUUUCCAUAAUUUCAACACAAGUCUUCAUACUUUUUCUUGGUUAGAUAUCAUCCAACUGAAAAAAUAUACAACCUAAGUUUCAAAAAAGAACCACGCAAUAAGUUACCUCAUUAGCCAUAGACAUCUUUCACAAUAUUGGCUUAGACACUUUUCCCAAGAGAGCUUCCUUGCACGGUCUUACAUGUAUGUUCCUCAACUCUCACCGCAACCACCACUUUUCUAGAUUUAUUAUUGUAUGGGGACUAACUUCGACGGCUUUCUCAUUUUGGUAUACGCAAAUUCAAUAUUGUUCUUCGUCUAUCUUCAUUGUAUUGGUUAGUGUAGCUCUUCUAAAUAUAAGAUUCUAUACAGAACUGUACUCAUAAGCUUAUCUAUAAUUUAUUUUUAACAAUUCAUAUUUUUUUACAUUCUUUUCAAUAUGUAUAUGAAUUUUCGUGUUCACAAUUUUUUUCCGGAGAGGUAUCACUCUUUCUAUCUUUUUGCAAGCACUCCUUUCCUUUAUUUCAUUCUCUAUUCCAUUAGCACAUCUACCAUUCACAAACUUAGCUGGACUCUUUCGGUUCUACUCUCACCAAAACAAUAAAAACUACUUACAGUCUCAAAUGACAAACAAUCUAACAAACAGAAGCAUAAUAUGUUAGGUGGUGGUGCAGACAUGCAAGUAAUAAAGUUGUUAAUCUCUAUGGGAUAUAGCGUCUCGGAAGGAGGAAAGUUAGAUCCAUUAGGUGUGGAUGUAAUGUCGAGUGAAUCAUACACACACAAAAAAAACGUUCGUAACAAUCAAUGAUGAGAAUAAAAAAAAAAUCAUAAUAUAUAUAUUAACAUUUUAGCAUAAAAGCAUGGUUAUGACUUAUUAGCGACAAAAGCAAAGAUAAAUAUAUUAAAUUGUGAGUAUGAGAGGAAAAAAAAAAUAGAAGUCCAAAUAUUGUUUCAAGUGGCAAAAGCGAUGGAAAAAAUAUAAUAUGUACCAUUAAGAGUAUUAGACUGUGGGCUUCCAACUCAAAACCCAUUGGCUAUGAGUGAAGAGCCCCAUAUCUUAUAUAUACCACUUAAGAUUCUACUCAACUUCCAGUGUGGGAUAUUGUUAUCCCUUAUACGCCCGCUCGAGAUGAUGGCUCUUUUACCCAUUGAUCUCGGUAUGUUCGGGCAUGGAUAGGCGGACCAAUUACUUGGUUAGGCCGAUGUGGAUUGGGUUGAGCAUUUGCGGAUCGGGCUCUGAUACCAUAUUAGACUUUGGGCUUCGAACUCAAAACCAAUUGAGUAUGAGUGGAGAUGUCCAUAUCUUAUAUAUAGCAUUUAAGAUUUUACUCAACUUUCAAUGUGGGCUAUUGUUAUCCCUAAUAAAGAGUAGUAACCAACCCUAACUGUUACCGACAAUUCAAAUAUUGUUAUCCCAAUUAAUGUUAAUUAAUGAUGACUAAUUACGAUUGGUUGUUUAGAAAAUAUGACAAUAUAAUCAAAUUUUUGAGAUUAAUAUGAAUUAUUUUAUGUAUUAUAAUAACAAAAUUUAUAUACAUCUUGCUUCAAUAUAUUGUCGUAUUUUUUUUCUAACUUUAAAUACUUUUAAAAUAAAAGUCAUAAAUUUUUAAAAUAUCGUUCAAUGAGAUAUCUAUUGUGAUUAAAUGGCUAUUGUUAUUGAAGAUAAAUUACUAAUAAAUGUAGUAAGACUAAAAAUAAAUUCUGUAUUUCGUUUAAAAUUGUAUAAACUUAAAAAAAGAUAGUUUACAUUUUG